UGUGUUUACAGACGUAUUUAGACGACCUGUGUUGUUAUGUGACGCUGGUUUAGCUUUUCAGUGUUUUCCCUUGUUAUGUUGACGUUAGCUGAUGUUGAAGUUUCUCUUCCCACGCUUCAGUCUGGGUUAGACUUUGGGACAGACGUGUUAUUUUGACCCAGAUCUAUAAGCAGGGACGCCUGAUGAGAGCCCAACAUGCGUCUAAGGAACACAUCAGUGGAUGGUCCAGGGGACAGCCAGCUGUUUGAGGAUACAAGUGGGGCUGCAGCUGGGGCACAGGCAGGCUACAGCAACCAGCAGGCUGUGCCUCAAGCAGCAGGAUUUCCUGCCCAGUCCAUCCUGUCAGACCCCAUGUCCAACCUGGCCAUGGCAUAUGGCAGCUCACUGGCAUCCCAAGGACGAGAGAUGGUGGACAAGAAUCUGGACAGGUUCAUCCCAAUCUCUAAGCUGAAAUAUUACUUUGCAGUGGACACGGUGUACGUGGGGAAGAAGCUGGGCCUUCUCGUUUUUCCUUACAUGCACGAGAACUGGGAGGUGAGCUACCAGCAGGACACUCCUGUGGCUCCACGCUUCGAUGUGAAUGCUCCCGAUCUCUACAUUCCUGCCAUGGGCUUCAUCACAUAUGUCCUGGUGGCUGGACUGGCCCUCGGCACUCAGAACAAGUUUUCUCCAGAGCUGCUGGGAGUUCAGGCCAGCUCGGCGUUGGUGUGGCUGAUCAUGGAGGUCCUGGCCGUCCUGCUGUCGCUCUACCUUGUGACAGUCAAUACCGACCUCACGACCAUCGACCUGCUGGCUUUCUCUGGCUACAAAUAUGUUGGGAUGAUCAUCGGGGUGGUAGCGGGCCUGAUGUUUGGGAGGCCGGCUUAUUAUCUCUCUCUACUGUGGUGCUGUGUUGCCAUCUUUGUCUUUAUGAUCCGCACUCUGCGCCUGAAGCUGCUGUCUGAGGCGGCUGCAGAGGGGAGGCUGGUGAGAGGAACCAGGAACCAGCUGAGGAUGUACCUCACCAUGUCUAUAGCAGCAGCGCAGCCCAUCUUCAUGUACUGGCUCACCUACCAUCUCAUCAGAUAAAACCUGGAACACACACUCAUCAACUAGAAGAUGAACUGAAUGCCAUCUCGACCACGACAAACCCUCAAGAAAACACACACACACACACACAUUGAAGAAGCUGGACUUUGAGGAAACGCAGAAGGGCCACAGCUGUCUGGAUGACAGCCCAUCGCUUCCCAGACUUAAAGACCUGCACAUUCACAAGACUCGCUCCACCGAUGUGAGCAGCAGAACAAACGCUACAAGACGAUGAAGAGAAGACGUGAGGCGUCUCACAGCACAGCCCCGCGUCAUUAGUGUUGCCUUUUUUUUUUGUUCGUCUUUUUUAUGUCACGUCUUCAAAAAUUUGUAGCAAGAGCAAGUGGCUUUAAGUUGUUUUUCUAUACAGUGUAAUUGUUAGUAAUGAUAUUUUUUAGGAAUAUUUAAGUUUGUAUGUUUUUGUAUGUCAAAAGUAUUAUUGCAGAUGUUGCUUCAAUAUCUAAAACGUGAUUUUUUUUUUUUUUUUUCUGAGCCGACAGACAUAAAGCACACUAACCGUCCAUUUGUGGAAAACAAGAAAAAAAAGCUCAAAUUCAGGUUUAAAAGUGGUCACGUGGCUCUAUGUGUUCGAUUAAUGUUUGUUUCACAGAUGGGAAAAGUUCCGUCGCCACUAAAUCUGGACACCAGGGUUUAUCUAAGCGGUUAGGGUCACCUGCAUUUUAUCUGUUGAAUCUUUUUCUAUGUGCUUUGAUACAUGUCCGAGCUUUGCUGCCUGAUGACUCUUGAAUAGAAAACUGUGUAAGCCACGUAAAGGCGUAGACCUCACCAUGAAAUGUUGAGUCAACUUUGAUAUCCUUUUUAAAAACCGAGUAAAUUAUUUACUGCUUUUUCAUAUUGAAAGUCAGAUGGAAUAAAGAAAGAAAGGGAAGAGAU